AAGAAUCAUAUCAACAGCAUGUCCUUGAAGACAGCCAAACCCCCUCUUCCACCUUGUCGUAAUGUUCUGUGGCUGUUUGUAGUGGUUAUAUAUAGUGGCAGUGUUUCUCCAGGUUCAAGGAGCUCCACAGGUUCUUAAGUUCAAACAGUUAUUAAAGUGUAUGGUGUUGGUGUAAGGAUUAUUAUGUAUGACGUAGUGGUGGUUGGUGGCGGGGCGGCUGGCCUCACAGCCGCCUACAGGCUUCUCCAGGCUGAUCCCUCCCUCUCCCUCGUCCUCUUAGAGGCCAGAGACAGGGUCGGAGGUCGGACGUUGACGCUGGAUGUGGACGUUGGAGGGGGUAAGACGGACAAGUUUGACUUGGGAGGCCAAUGGGUCGCCUCCAGCCAGCAUCACGUCAUUAACAUGCUGGAGGAACUGGGACUCAAGGUCUAUCCUCAGUACACCCAGGGCACCAAGGUGAUGCAGCUGGGAGACAAUAAAAUAAGAACUUACACCAGCGACAUACCUUCACUUGGCCUGAGGGGUCUUAUAGAACUGCAGCUCUUCUUAUGGAAGGUAGAGCGUAUGGCAGCCAAGGUGCCCAUCACUGACCCUUACAGUAGUCAGUACGCAGCCCAGUUGGAUGGAGAAACGGUCGACACUUUCAUGAGGAAAUCUAUUUCCAGCAAGGCUGUAAUGGAGGUCAUAGAUAUCUCAUGCAAAGCCGCUUUUGGGACGGAUGCGACUCGGAUGAGUGUCAUGUUCUUCCUGGCCUAUGCCAAUGCAGCUGGAGGUAUUAUGAAGGUUCUGGAAGCCAAGAAAGAUGCUGCUCAGGAGGCCCGAGUUGAGGGAGGAACCCAGCAAAUAUCAGAACUUCUGGUUGAAAAGAUUGGAAAGUCCAAUGUCGUGUUGAGUCACCCAGUACGUGAGGUGAAACAGACGAAGGAGUGUGUGGAGUUGAUCACAGAUAAUGGGAGCAGUUUUACAGCUAAGAGAGUCAUCCUGUCAGUCCCUCCAAAUCUGCUUGCAAAGAUGAAAUUUGAUCCACCUCUGCCUCCCUACAAACGCUUGAUUUAUGAAAACCUACCAAUUGGCCAUCUCACUAAAUUUAUAGUGACUUACAAAAAGGCAUUUUGGAGAGAAAAUGGAUACUCUGGUGAAAUUGUGAGCAAUGGCGGUGAGACAGAAGUUGCCGGCAUGAGCAGAGGUCCACUGAGUGCAUGCUUUGAUGCCACCACCAACACUGGAACCCCUGCAAUUGUUGGAUUCAUCGCUGGCCGACAAGGUGUGGAAUGGAACACUAAGACAGAGAAAGAGAGGAAGACGGCAGUGGUUGAGGGCCUGGUCUCAGCCCUGGGCAGCCAAGCUCUGGAUUUUGUUAGUUACACAGAGAAAGUCUGGUCAGAUGAGCCGUACACAGGUGGGUGCCCCAUCGUGUUUGGGGUUCCUGGGACUAUGUACGCCUUUCCUCACCUACGUCUUCCAUUUGAUAAGCUUCACUUUGCUGGAACGGAAACAGCAACAGUGUGGACAGGCUUCAUCAGCGGGGCCAUCCAGUCAGGCGAGCGAGCUUCUAAAGAGGUUCUGCACAAUCUUCGACCCAACCUACUUUCUGAGGAAGACCUGCUGGGCACCUGCUAUGACCCUAAAAGCCUCCCAAAAGACUUCAAGAGUAUCAAGCACAAGGGAACACUUUUCUCCAUUAGCAAUCUCUUUUAUUUGGCUGCUGCUGCUGCAGUUGUUGCUUUUGUGUACUCUACAUAUUUUUAAGAAAGAAAAUAAGUAUUUUUAGCUUUUAGGUUUGGGUGUAGUCAGUAACCAAAAUGCUCAUAGAGGUUAAUUACUAGCAGUUACAAUGGCAACUGAACAUUUAGAGAGAAUUAGCACUGUUGGUUUGCAUGCACACUUCAAAAUUGAAGGUGGAGGGUGAAAAGAUCCCGUGUUUGAAUCCUUUUGAAUAAUUAAGGCAGUUUCUUCACGACAUUUGCUCUUGUGCUCCCAGUAGUAAUUUGAAAGCCGUGUAUAAAUUUAUUGGGCAAAUAUGUUCUGGUUACCUUGAGGUGCUUCCGGGGCUUAGCGUCCCCGCGGCCCGGUCGUCGACCAGGCCUCCUGGUUGCCAGACUGAUCAACCAGGCUGGUGAAAACAUGAACUACCUGUUGAUUUCA